CUUGUGUAUCCAUCAAACCAACAAUACAAUCGCUCACAUCCCCAGGGAAUAAACGCAAUGUUCCGCCAGAGCAUCCGCCGUUUCGGCACGACUGCCCUGCGCGCCGCAGAGGCGUCGGGCGCCGGAGCCUACAACGUCCGCGUCUCGCAAGCCCAGGGUUCCGUCAAUGGAUUAACGGAGGCGAUCGGCAACACGCCCCUCAUCCGGCUCAAACGCCUUUCCGAGCAAACCGGCUGCAACAUCCUCGGCAAAGCGGAAUUCCAGAACCCGGGGGGCAGCGUGAAGGACCGGGCGGCGCUCUUCGUGGUGGAAGACGCGGAGCGGCGGGGGCUGCUCCGCCCGGGCGGAACCGUCGUGGAAGGCACGGCGGGCAACACGGGGAUCGGACUCGCGCACGUAUGCCGGUCGAAGGGGUACAAGCUGGUGAUUUACAUGCCCAACACGCAGUCGCAGGGGAAGAUCGAUCUGCUGCGGUUGCUGGGGGCGGAGGUGUAUCCGGUGCCGGCGGUGGCGUUCGACAACCCGGACAACUACAACCACCAGGCGCGGCGACACGCCGAGUCGCUCGACAAUGCGGUGUGGACGAACCAGUUCGAUAACACCGCCAACCGGCAGGCGCAUAUCGAGACGACGGGGCCGGAGAUCUGGGCGCAGACGGCGGGGACGGUGGAUGCGUUUACGUGCGCGACGGGGACCGGGGGCACGUUGGCGGGGAUCACGCGGUACUUGAAGGAGGUGAGUGAGGGCCGCGUCAAGUGUUUCCUGGCGGAUCCGCCGGGGAGUGUCCUGCAUAGUUAUAUUCAGAGCGGGGGCACGUUGGUGGAGCGGUCGGGAAGUAGUAUCACGGAGGGAAUUGGACAGGGAAGAGUGACGGAGAACCUGAAGCCGGAUAUCGGGCUGCUGGAUGGCUCGUUGAAUGUGCCGGAUGAGAAGUCGAUUGAGAUGGUGUAUCGGUGUUUGGAUGAGGAGGGGCUGUAUCUCGGCGCCAGCUCGGCGCUGAAUGUCGCGGCGGCGCAUGAGGUGGCCGUGAAGCUGGGGAAGGGCAGCACAGUCGUCACGAUUCUCUGCGACGGUGCCUACCGUUACGCCGACCGUCUGUUCUCCAACUCCUGGUUGCAGGGCAAGGGGCUGCGCACCGCGAUUCCCAAGCAUCUGGAGAAGUAUAUUGUGCUUCCCUAGUGUUGUCGGGGGAGGUUUGUAAAAUACCUACGUACUGCCUGAAUGUCAAUAGAUCAACG